UAUCCUCAACAUGUUCAAAGCUGGUUUGAUUUUCUGUAUAAUCGUCGUUGCUGGACUUAUUGCAACUAGUUCAGCUGAUGAUAAUUCUAAUAAACUUAAUUUAAUUCGUAGAUCAGAAGUGGAUGCUCAUUCAGACAAUGAAUAUAUGCCAUUAACGGAACGUUUUGCAAUUUUGCCGCCUAAAAAGAGGAAGUACCUUCCUGGUUCUUUGAGUUUACUCAGCAAGAGAGAGAAAGAACUUAUUGGAACUAGUUCAGCUGAUGAUAAUUCUAAUAAACUUAAUUUAAUUCGUAGAUCAGAGGCGGAUGCUCAUUCAGAUGAUGAAUAUAUGUCUUUAACGGAACGUUCUGCAAUUUUGCCGCCUAAAAAGAGGAAGUACCUUCCUGGUUCUUUGAGUUUACUCAGCAAAAGAGAGAAAGGACGAUUGCUAUCUACUGAGUCUCGUUAACCCCUGUAAACUGAAAAUGAUGUUGCUGUCAAAACAUUUCAGGAACAUAAUAACAAAUGCCGUCUACAAAUAUUGGAAUUAAACACUUAAAUGAUUUUUCUGUACUUGGUUGAACGAAAAUUACUUAAAAAUUUAUUGAUAAAAAUCUCUGUAAAUGAAAUGAUUUCAACUGAAUAAAACUUAUUGAAAUA